CACACGCACUUCCUCUAUCCCAUGAUGCUUUGCGAACAGUGAGAUUACAUGGCUGUGUUUUUCGUAACAAGCUUUUUGCUAGAUGUUUCGUUAGAAAGCUAGAAAAAAAACUAAUGGGUUAGUUCCUUUACAGUAGGUUUCAGGUUAUUGUCAUAUUCAAAUACAUUAGAUAAAGUGACAUUUGGUCGUUUAUGAAAAAUGCCCAAGUAUUACGAGGAAAAGGAAGAAGAUAACAGAGCAUGUUCUGGAAUAAGAGAGGACUUCAAAUCGUGUCUCCUUCAACACGAUUGUGUUUUGAAGGAGGGGAAAUCACCAAGUGAAUGUCUGAAGGAAGGCCACUGCAAAGCUUUGCAAGUGUCAUUUUUUGAGUGCAAAAGGUCAAUGCUCGAUACCAGAUCACGAUUUCGAGGACGAAAAGGAUAUUGACCAAUACCAGCACUGACCUGAAUACUGGAUUUCAUUGUAAAUAAUAUGUAUGACUUGAAGCGAAGUUCAUUUUGUGCCCAAUAGGGCACGAUCCCCGCAGUGAGAGAUUUUAAAAAAAACAAGCGUUUUCUUUUAUUUUUCCACACGUUUAUGACUUUCUUUUCUGAUGUGAGGGAUGUUGAGCGCAGCUCCUCGUUAAAAAUAAGGGACGGCUGAGAAAAUGAAUCGAGCUACAGCUUUUUAUUUAAUGUAAAAAUGCUCCUCUUGACUACAAAACCUGCAUAAUGGGAAACAGUUCAUGUGAUGGCCUAUGCGUGCGUGCCUUCGGCAUGAAUAGAUGGCCUACUUCUGUUUCAGCUGUGGAGAAUUCCACUAGCGACUGGAAAUUCCACAGAAUGCCACAAGGGGGAGCUGCUCCUGCCCUGAGCCCAGCAGUACUGAGAAUGAUACGUUCAGAGUGUUCUGAUUUUAUUGUUGUCAUGGGGUUUUCUUGAAUCCAAAGUACCAGGGGGCCUCGGUUGCACAGUAAACUGGGGUGUUCUGUGAUUGUGGCUAUAGUUCAGGUGCUUGUACAGCUAUGUUCAGGUGUGAAAUAUUUCAGUUCAGAGUAAUGAAGGUGUUCCUGUUCUUCUGGUUACUGCUCUGUAGUAUCCUUUUUAAAAUAAAGCACUGAAAGGAG